CUGCACUGUUUUGAUGUGAAGAAUCGUGAACGUGCGAGAGGCAUGAGUGAAACCCGUUACAGUAGAUCAUGAUGUAAACUACAAACCCUUAAAAUCUGCAGCCAUGGAGUUAAAAUGGGAUGACCCUCCUGUCACUGGACCUGUUGUGUUCUCUAGGGAUGUCUUUGACAAGUUCACGUUAGCACCUACCAUUAAAGAAUUGUAUGCUUUUGUGCAAAGCCCUGAUGUAAAACCUGAGGAAACAUGUGAUAAUAAUCCAGAAGUAACCUCAUCACAACCAAAAUCUGCAAAUUGUGAGAAGGAAGAUCCACAAAACAGCAGCAGUAACCGCAAUGGUUCAGUUGAACCAAUGCCUGACAUUAAGCAGAGUCAAAAUGAUGAUAAACCCAAACCUGUGAAGACUAAUGAGAGUACAGCUUUUCCUGAACCUGUAGUGCCCUACCCAUGCUACAGCACGUUACACGCAAGACAACGCAGGUUUUAUUUGAACAUGUUGAAAAACAAGAAUUUUAGCAAAGCUACACAGCUUUUGUUGGAGCGUGUAAGCAACGAAGUAUCCGAGUUCAUGAAGUACCUGCAGGAUGUUUCAAGAAAAUGUGCAGAUGCCUACAACUAUAUACCACCAGGUGGCAUUCGCUACUGUGAGGAGUAUUUUACAGCCUCCUUGGAACAUAUGAAAGGCUACCCCCAGUCUUACAGCAUCCAAGAAAUGACCAGCCUGACCGGUGGAAAGUUUGUCUCUGAAUUAUCCCUAAACUUUGAGAAACAGCUCCUUGCAAUGGGAAAAAUCGAUAUGGUGGAGAAAAAAGUAAUGCCUGAACACACCCUCCUUGCAGGAGAUUAUGAGACCGUCUCAUCCGUGAUUCCUCCAGCUAAGAAAGCUAGCGCUCUACACACUCCCAUCAGCAGUGACAAUAAUGCAGAAAAACUCAGCGCUACCUACGAGCCACAUGUGUGUCUAUCCAAAGAAGCAUUCCUUCAGCUCGUGAACAAUGACCCUGAGUUCACUGACGCAUGGGAGCUGCCUGUUUGGGUUAAAAUGAACACUACAAGAGGUAGUGGUCAGAGUAAAACGGCAUACAUAGAUCCUCCACUGCUGAAGACCGAGAUGAGCUUGAGAGACAGAAAUCUGAUGUUUCACGAGGAGAGUGUAAAACUUGCAAUUAGGAAGACUGUAACACGCCCCAUAUUCUUCCUAACAUCAGAAAACCUCUCCUUCGGAAAGGACCCACCACCCGAGGAAAAAAUGUCCAGGAGUGUGGUUGCAUUUGACAAUGCCGCCAUGGACUUCGAAACCGAUUUUACAGACCUUGAGUCAUUCGGGGAGUCCUGCAAGACCACUGCAAAAGUUAAGGCACAGAAUGAACCAAAAACAGCCUUUGUUCCCAUUCAGCUCAUGCCCAAAGAAACCCAUUCAAGCCCAAAGAAACCGACAAGCUCUCUGAAUCCAAGCGUGGGCAGGUCAACAUCUCAGGACGGUCCUAAAGAACCCCUUAAUACUACACCAACCGAGGUCCAGAGUGAAGCUGACGUGUCUUCGGCUGAUGGGGGAAGCAGUGUAUUGGAUGAAAGUGUGGCUUCUGAGGAGGAACUUGUGAAGAAAGAAAAGCUAGAAGCGCUGGUUUCAGGUCAGUUCCAACCCACCAAAAAGCUCAGAAGAAUGAUCAACCAGGAUUCAGACUCUGACGAGGACAAGCUGGUAAUAGAUCAGUUUGCUUCCCCGAAAACCCAGGGGAUCGCUCAAGAAACGCCCGAAGUGCCCUCACCUCAAGCACUCGACCUAUCCAGGGCAACGACAGAAAACCAUUUGGGCAAAGUAAUAAAGAAGGGCAUUAAAAGGCAAAGAAUUUCAGGGGAAUGCGAUCAGCUUGGUCAGAUUUUGCGGAUGCAGGACGCUAUGAUGAAAGCCACUCCUGGUAAGAACCAAGAAACACAGAAAGUGCCGGUGACAGAAGAUAAACCUACAGAACAAAAGACGUACUCUCUGGUCAAACCGUGUGUCACCUCAUACCUGGAGUCCAGAGAGGGUCAGGGCGAGGAGACCACAGCGUCUACUGCAGUUCCUGUGCUCGCGAGCGCUCAGAAAAAACGCCUUUUGAAAGAGGAUCUUCAGGUGAGUGCAGAGGAUGAGCUUGACUUUGAUCCUCCAGCAGAGGGCAGCGUUCUGUACAAACUCUACAGCCUGCAGGACAUUCUGCUCAUGGUGCGGAGCAGCGUGCCGAUCGCUCACCCGAGACACGACCGAGGGAACUUCAGGGCUGUCCCAGUCCACGUUUUACCCAAACUGGAGUAUCAGCUGUGUUACGGAGCCGAGAGUCUGACCCAUCCGGAGGCCUGUCAGCUGUGGGCCGAGAAACUUCUGCACUCCAGCACCGCCUCUUUCAUAAGUCGCAUUAAUGCACACACAUCAGAAGUUGCUGAGAUACAGGAGCUACAAGCUGACUGGAUGCAGAGCAUCACCUGUAAUUUCAAGCCAGCAAGAUGUUUAAACAUCCUCUAUCACUUACUUAAGAAAGUCUCAACGCUUCAGGAAGGGCGAUACCUGCUGGUUCACAAACCUCGCGAGGGCUUCGUGACCAUCUUCAAAUCAACCGACGAGAGCAAGACCCAUCGCAGCGUGUACCACCUCCAGGCCGUGCACUCAGGUCCUCCUGCUGUAGCGCCAGGGAUACCCUGGGUUUCCCUGGACCCCUGGCACAUUCUGCCAUAUCACCAAUAUAACCACAGACCACCCUGCACCUUCCCCCCUCGCCCGGUUUUUCAGGCAAAUGCACAGAAAGGACCUAUAAAAUAUAGAAACAACAUGACGGGAGCAGCCAAUCCGAAUAAAAAAUCGAAGAAGAAGAAGAAGCAGAAAAUCAAUCAUAAGAAUCGGAUGUGGCAAGAGAAGAUGAGAGUCAAGCUCAUGAACGACACCAAAAAACAAACAAACUUAUGAAGGUGUUGAGAACUCAUCUUAAUAUGUAAACUUGAAGUUUAAGAACGUUGUAAAAAGUUUUUGUGUAAACACAGUCUGUUCAAUUUUCAAAAACAUUUAACUCUAAUAUUACUGUUGGCGUAUGAACCACAUUUAAAUCACUGUAUGUAAGUGUUGUCUUGUUAUAUUAUUGUUUCUGUAAAGAUUAAAAGAUGAAUAGUUUAUUACAAUUAGUUUGUUUCCUUAGGUCUGAUGACAUAAUUUUGCCUAUUUUUGCUGUUUUGACUAAUGCUGAAGGCAGACAUUUUCAUUUUUUAAUGCAUUUGACCAGGCAGAGGUUUUCCUCUCGCGAGAUUUACAUUUGUGCGUUUUUGCAGCCGAUUUUAUUCAAAAAAAAAUUAUCAGUACAGUAUGUGUGUUCCCUGGUUUCGAACCUAUGGCCUUUUGCGCUGCUAACCCAGUGCCUCACCACUACGUUGUAAAUCUAUUUAGAUAAAAUUAUACCCUUGGCAAAAGCACUUGAGGUAAUGAGUAAUGGAGUAGUGGUAAGUUAUGCAUAUGAUAUAAUUAUUUUAAACGCACCUACCAGCAAUGAAAGGGCAGGUUAUUAUUAAACCGAACUUAAACUGAGACCAUAAAGAACCAGCAUACAAACUAAUAACAUAAACAUUGUACCUGUACCUAGUUGGCUGUGAAGUUCAUUGUUAUGGCCUGUAAAGACAAUAGAUUUAGAACCUGUUUGUCAAAACUUUAAGUAGUGUUUUUAAAUAGUGCAGUACUAUUGCACAAUACUAGUAAACACAUACUUUGUUUUAAACGCAUACAUCGUUGGCCACAUCCUUAAAGGGAUAGUUCACCCAAAAAAUCAUUUACUCGCCCUCAAGUUAGUCCAAACGUGUAUACAUUUCUUUGUUUUGCUUAACACAAAUUUUAGAUCUGAGGCACCAUUGACUUCCAUUGUAUUUUUUUCUUAGUAUGGAAAUCAAUGGUGCUCCAGAUCAGUUUGGUUACAAACAUUUUUCAAAAUAUCUUAUUUUGUUUUCAGCAGUACAAAGACUUUUUGAAGGCAAAAAGCAGACUUUUUACAGACAUAAGUGCUGCGUACACAUCAAACGCGAUGCGUUCCUCGCUCUAGAUUACUCACGGGAUUUCCCCAUAAAGUUCCAAUGUACCGUGGGAGGAACACUGCAUUAUUUAUAAACACAUACAUCGUUGGCCACAUCCUUAAAGGGAUAGUUCACCCAAAAAUGUUGUCAUUUAACGUCGUCAUUUACUCGCCCUUAAAGCAACACUAUGUCGUUUUUUUACCUUUAAAUAAUGUCUCUAAAAUUAUUUCAGUGAUAGAACAACUUUUAACUGGACAAAUUGUAUUGUUGCUGCAACCUGAGCAGCCUCCUAGCCGCUACAAGCACACUCUGAAAGUGGGGGUGGAGGGUAGGAAACACAGCCCCGCCCCUCCCCCUGCCUGCAGAAGAGUGUGCGAUACCAGCCACUGUUGCGCUUUUCAACCACAUGGGGGAGCUGUAAGUCAUUUUUAAAUGGAAACUACAAGUUGUCCCAAACUUUCUUUGUUCUGCUCAACACAAAUUUUAGAUCUGAGGCACCAUUGACGUUGUAUGUAAUCUUCUCAGGCAAAUUGUUGAAUUCGCGUUUGAUGUGUUCACCCCAUAACAUUUUUUUAUGUGUAUGUGUGUGCCCUGGGUUUGAACCCAUGACCUUUUGCACUGAUUACACAAUUCUCAACCACUGAGCUAUAUAUCAGCAUAAAGCUGAAAAAAACUUUAUGCAUGUGAUAUAAAAGUCACAAAUAUUAUGCUGUUAAAUGUUAUAUUAUUCAGUCCCUCCCGAAAAAACGUGAUUAUGCGAUCGCAUGAUUCAAUGCAAAAUCAGCCAAAGUCUGCAUAUUUUCUAAUACGCCACACUUUCGCAGCAUAAAUUGCAGAUUUCCAUGCGCUAAAUACGUGGGCUCGCAUGAUUUCAUAAUCACCGCACAUAUAUCUUAGCAGGAAGUUGAAAAAAUGUUGCAUUUACUUCACACAAGUGCAGCUAUGUCCCCUGAUUAUUUACUCACUUUAAAGUUAACUUACAAAUCUGUAUACAUUUCUUAGUUCUGCUCAACACAAGGGAAAAUAUUUUGAGCAAUGUUUGUUACAAAGUUUUUGAGCACCGUUGACUUAUGUUGUAUUUUUCUUCGCUACUAUGGAAGUCAAUGGUGUUCUUGUUUUCUGCACGAUUACAAAUAUCUUGCAGGUUUUUAUCGACUUGAGCGUGAGUACAUAAUGACAUCAUUUUCAUUGUUAGGUGAACUUUCCCUUUAAGAAUGUGGUAUGGACUUAAAAUAUAUUUCCUUGCCCGCAGCCUUUCGUGGUAAUUUCUAUUGAAGGUCUUGUGAAGUUACAUUCUUACAGUGCCAUUCUUAUCAACAUUGUAAAAUUUAUUUUUUUAUUUUUUAUGGCAUUUAUACCAAGAUGACUGCCUCAAAAAACCAGGAGCACGGAUUGAAAUCGAAAACCGUUAUUCAGAUCGAUAAAAAUGCUGACCGCUCUCUCUCUGCAGCUCAAACACGGCUCAAUGUUAAAAUGGCACAAACUCAUGUGAUCGGUCUCUAAU